AGGCAGGAAGUGAGGUGUCCUUGCGGGGCACGCUGGUUUGCUAGCCGCGAGGCCAGUCAGGCGGAGAAAGGGACCGGGAAAAGGAAGAGCAGCGGCAGCAUGACAGCCGCGGCGGCGCCGGAGUGAAUGCAGCUGGCUGCUCUGGGGACGGGUGGGCUUGGCAGAUAUACCACAACUCAGCUGAGAACAAACUUGUAAUGUUGCUGAAGGGGACGCAUAGAAGAAACUUCCUGAUGAUCAUUGACUGACAGCUGUGCCUGAUGUGGUUUAGUGGACAUCUCAUUAGUCGGAACAACUUGUUCAAUAUUUUUUUAUUUGAUUCACCAGAAUGGACCUGGGCCACUCAACUGUUACCUUGACCCACUGCUUGCAAAGGCAUGGAGCAGUUGGCCAGAGAAAGUUCUGUGAAGUGAGUGGGGGAACAGGAGGAGGAGAAAGAGGAGGGAGGAAGGCAAAGUCAGCAUCCUGUGGGAGCAGCUCCCAUUGCUACUCACCAACACUACAGUACGGAUCUAAAAGAUGGAUUAUUUUCGGGCCUGCACGUUGCUUUUUACACUGAUAUUAUCAAGAGGUGUCACGUCUGACAUGGAGAAGAUGAAUCCGGAUUCGGGAUUUGAAAUCUAUAAGAAGUUGUUUGAAGUGAAACGCAAAGACCAGAUGAAUGCCCUGAAGAACCUGAUUGAACUCAAUGAUGUGAACCAGCAAUACAAGAUCAUAGACAUCAUGCUCAAGGGCCUUUUCAAAGUCCUUGAAGACUCACGGGCAGUGCUUAUAGCAGCAGAUGUUCCACCAGAUGGGCCAUUUCCUCAGGAUGAAAAGCUAAAGGAUGCAUAUUCCCAUGUGGUAGAGAACACUGCCUUUUUUGGUGAUGUAGUUUUACGCUUUCCCAAGAUAGUACAUCAUUACUUUGAUCGCAACUCCAACUGGCACAACUUAAUUCGUUGGGGGAUCAGCUUCUGUAACCAGACUGGAGUCUUUGACCAAGGAUCACAUUCACAAGUACUAGGACUGAUGGCCCAAGAGCUGGGAAUUAGUGAGAGAUCUCCAGACUACCGAAAUCCCUUUAAGACUGAUAAUUCUGAAUUCUUCCCCAGCGCAGACACAUUCCAGAAGGCUCUCCGGGAAGAAGAGAAGCGAAGGAAGAAAGAGGAGAAACGGAAGGAAAUCCGCAAGGGGCCUCGCAUCUCCCGCUCACAGUCUGAGUUGUAAUGCGGCUGCCACCUGCCCUGUCACUGUGGCUUGUGCUGGUGUUAAUUGAGGCAGCUGGAAAAGAACCUCCCAGUCCCUUGGUGACCUAAGGAAAAUGCCAGGAAGUUGAAGUUUUGUUUUGUCAAGUCUGGGAGAUUUUAUUUCUUCUUUCAACAGGACAUUGUCACCUAUUGGACUGAGCCGGGAGAAAGGGCCAAACGGAGGUGGAGUUUUUGAGCACAGAUUUCCUUUUGGGGAAACUUUUCUUGGUACCUGGAAUGUAUAGAGUUUGCCAGAAACCAUUUUUACGUUUCUGUGUCUUUGUUUGUUUGUUUCCCAUGGCUUUGCCAAUUUGUAAUCUGAAGGCCACUGGUUGGGAGGGGAAAGGGAAUUUCUCUGGUACAUGCUGCUUCUAUAGCAAGUCACACAGGAUGCACUGUUCUGCUAUGAAGUCAAGAGGGCAGUGUGACAUGAGGCUUACAUUGCGAGACUCAUGUGGUAUUAGAGAUACACAUUUUGGGGAAAUACUUCUUGAUAGGGUAUUCUUAAACUACCAUGUAUUGGAAUGUACCCAUGCCUUGGGAUAUAUCAAAGAGGUGUUUUAAAGUGUCACAGCAACCAAAGCCCUUUGUUGAUUAAAUUAAAUCUUUCUUUUGUCAAAGUGUUCUUUUUCAUCAAAUUAUUUCAUUCCUAAAAAAAAGAGAGAAAACAAGCGUGGCCUUGGAAGAUGGUUAGGAAAUAAUAUGCAUCAUGAAGAUGUCUCUUGACUUGAACAAGGAAAUAAAGGCAAUAUAGUAGACUGUUUUGCAUCAUGGAUCUGUAUGAACUGGUUUUGUUGGUAUUGGGUCUUGAUGCUGCUCUCAAUGGUCCUAAUUUUGUCAAAAACAGUAUUAUCAGUGCUGCACAAGGGGUAAUUACUGAAAAUGUCAUGAAGUUGGAAACUUCAUUCUCUUCUCUCACAACAGACUAAUCUGUUUUUCCCCCCACCAGUACUUGGAAGUAUUGGUGAUGCAGACUGCCAUAUAAAUUCAUUUGUCCAGUGAUGAAAGCAGGGAGCAGUUUUGUCUGUGGCUUCUGACUUUUUACUUUUCGUUAGAAUCCCCUCUCUCACUUAAUACUUGCUUUGAUAUGUUGGUGAGGACAAGGAAUCAAAUGUACCACUGUUUUAAUACUGAAGACAAAACAGUGAGUUUGACAGUGUGAUUUUGAUUUGUUUUCUUACCAUUAUACUAAAAAUCCUAGCAGUUGGGUAUCCCUCUUCCAAUAAGUGGAAUUUUGAGGAUGUGUUCUUGCUAAUCUGCUGCCUUAUUGUUCCAGAAAACAAACUGAUUUUUUUCUUGACCUUCCAGCUGUUUUAUGUAGGCUUCUUCCUAGGGCUAUAUAGUUAAGCUGUCAACUAUAGUAUUGGCUUUAUAUUAGAGAAAGACUGACAUUGGCCAUAGUCAAUGCUCUCUUUCCAUCUCAUAAUAUUUCUCCACUGCUGAGUUGAAUUGUGGAUUCACACACCAACACAUGAGCACACUGGGCAUUUGACCCCAAACUGACACUGUUUUGGCACAAUGGGCAGCUUUUGUCCAGGACUGGAAUUGAUCCAGACCAAGAAAAAUCUCUGAAUUCAGAUAACUGGGGCAUAGUACUUCCCCAUCCUGUAUGACCACUUGCUGUGCUAUCACUUGGCACACAUAUUCUUUCUAUCAAGGCUAGUUUUGGAUAAAUUUUUAUUUUCAGUCCUUGAAUUAAUUGCACAGCUGUAUAGGGUAGCUUGCUCUUGCCAAUGGAAGAUUAUUUUGUGGGGAAGGAGGGUAUUUCUGUGGAUGCUGCGGGUUUUGAUGUGCUGCCUUCAGGCUGUUUACAAGGCUAAAGAUGGAGAUUACUUUUAUUUUCUACAAAGAGAGAUGAUUACGCUUUGUUUGUUUUUCCGAUGUGUAUUUAAACUGGAAAUUAACUUUGCGUUUCUUGAAUAAAAUUGAACGUUUUAAAAAAUCA